AUUGGUGGAGGUGGUGGUAGUGAGCGCGCGGCACACUUCGCGCUUCUCUUUGUAAGUUCUCACAGUACCACGCACCUUGGCUUACUCUCGCAGGUGAAAUAAACUGUUCCUUCAGCGCGAUUCCAUUCCGUUUAUCGUACCCGUGGAAUUAUUCUCUCUUUUUCUAUGAUUAUUCGCGUAACCGUGUUUGUAAAAGAUCGAAAAUCUUAAUGUGUUCAACCGCGAGAAACGGCCUCGGCCCUGCUACUGUUACUAGUGUACUAUGUCAUUGAGAGGAUCUGUCUGAACGAACAAAGAAUCAGAUUUCUCUCGGCGACCUUUCUGUCGCCACGUGCUUCGUGUUCUUUGCGUCUUUUUCGCAAAUUCGCCGAUCCUCCACGCGUUCGAUUCAUCGAAUUGGCCAGUUCCAUCACCAACGUUCCUGCGCUUUACGUAAUUAACAAGCCAGAAUGUAUGGACCGAUUUUCUUCGUUACCAUUCUCGGAGCAUUUCACGAAAUUGCCGCCGCCUCGCAACACAUUAGCAAAGAUCUCACAAAUCACUACAAUGCUCGUUUUCACGUUUACGAAGAACCGUACAGUAUCGACUUCACAUAUCAUAAUUACGAGCAAAUGAGUCGUUUUCUUCGAACAACAUCUCUUCGAUUUCAAAACCUCACUGCCUUAUAUUCUAUAGGAAAAUCCGUGAAAGGUCGCGAUUUAUGGGUAAUGGUUGUUUCUUCCUCGCCUUACGAACAUAUGAUCGGUAAGCCCGAUGUAAAAUAUGUGGCCAAUAUACAUGGGAAUGAAGCUGUAGGUCGUGAAUUAAUGUUACAUCUAAUUCGCUUCCUUGUCACCAGUUAUGGAUCAGAUCCAUAUAUUACGUGGCUUUUAGACAAUACCAGAAUUCAUAUUCUUCCAUCAAUGAAUCCUGAUGGUUUUGAAGUUUCGAAGGAAGGAUAUUGCGAAGGUGGUCAAGGCAGGUAUAACGCACGCGGUUUCGAUCUGAAUCGAAAUUUUCCCGAUUACUUCAAACAGAACAACAAAAAGAGUCAACCGGAAACAGAAGCUGUAAAGGAAUGGGUCUCUAAAAUUCAAUUUGUUUUGUCUGGAAGCUUACACGGAGGUGCCUUGGUUGCAAGUUAUCCAUUCGAUAACACACCUAACUCGCUGUUUCAGAGUUAUACUUCGGCGCCGAGUAUUUGUCCAGACGAUGACGUGUUUCAACACUUAUCGUUGGUGUAUUCCCGAAACCACGGAUCUAUGUACCAAGGAUUACCCUGCUCGCCAUCUCAACCUGGCUUUAAAAAUGGUAUAACUAAUGGAGCACAAUGGUAUCCACUUACCGGUGGAAUGCAAGAUUUUAACUACGUAUGGAACGGAUGUAUGGAAAUUACAUUGGAACUUUCGUGUUGUAAAUAUCCUCCUGCUUCUGAUUUACAAUUUUACUGGGAAGAAAAUCGCGUGGCACUCAUUAAAUUUUUAGCGGAAGCUCAUAGGGGUGUCCGUGGAUUUGUUAUUGAUGAAAAUGGAAAUCCCAUUGAGAGAGCAUCUAUUAAAGUGAAAUCACGAGACGUUAGUUUCCUUACUACGAAAUAUGGUGAAUUUUGGAGAAUUUUACUGCCAGGAAUGUAUAAACUAGAGGUAUAUGCAAAUGGAUAUCUUCCACGUGAUGUAGAAUUUAGAGUAGUAGAACAACAUCCGACCUCUUUCAACGUAACAUUAUACAGAGCAAGUAGACAUCCAGGUGAGGAUGAAACUGGAUCCAAUUUUUAUAAUGGGAACAGGGACCAUAUUAACCGGGACCAUGUGAUACAUUUUCGACCACAUUCUGGAACCAAUACUGCAUCCGAGACAAAUAGCGGAAUUUUUUCAUCCAUUAGUAACGGAUUCAACUCCUUCGUUAAUAAUUGGUUUGGGUGAUUAAUUAUGAGCUAGCGGACAACAAAUUUUUUAACAACACUGUUGUUUCAUAUUAAUUUCAUAAUGACAAACAGAGGCGAAACGAUGUUGAAAAUGUUUAUUAUUAUUUGUUACUCUAUCUGUUGUUAUAAAUGAUGAUAUAAUAAUUUAUAAAACGGAUAUUACUAAUGAAAUUGAAACAGUUUCAAAUAACAAAGAAACUUACUUUGUUAUCUGAAAAAGUUCAGAGCAAACAUGCAGAGCUCAAAUUUAAGUAUAUAGAUAAAAAUGAACGUGUAGAUAUCAUAAUUUACGUAGUGAGCAAAUAUUUAUAUUUUCUUAAUUUUACAUGUCUCUAUAACUUCGAUAAUUUAUUUUUUAUAUACGUAUGUUCAGAUUUCUUAUUUAUAUUAUUUAAAAAUGAACAAUGUGUAUUAAUUAUUUUUAUUUUUACUUUUAUACAUGGUUUAAAGUAUUUAUUAGUACUGGGAGAGAUACUUAAUCUUCCAAGAAAAUUUCACUUUAUAAUAAAAAAUAUUUAUGUUAAACACUUAAAAAUUAAUUUCCAUAAUUCUAUUAUUUAAGCAAACAAAAUUAUUUCUAGAGAUUUCUUCUCGUUAAGUUUUAAUAGAUCCAUUUUAUUUCUAAUCUCCUAAUGAACAAAAUUCUAGUCUCUUAAUUAAGAGAACAUCAAGUUUUACAAGUUAAAUUAAUUAAAAGAUGAUUUGAACGAAAAUUAAAUGUUUCAUACGUCAACAUUUAUAUCUAAUGUUCAUAAUAUAAGAUAUAAAUAUCGAUUAAUUGUUCUUAUAAUGAUCCGAAUUAUCUACUCCAAAAAUAUCAUGAAAAAAUAUUUGAUACAAGGAAUGACAUUUUUUUAUAGGUAUUCGUAAUAGUUUAAAUUCAUAUCAUAUAUCGUAUAAUAAGGAAGACUGUUUAAUGAAACAAAAAAAUUACUCGUUAUCAUCUUCUAAUGAAAGUAACAGACACAAUUAUUUUAUAUAUAUUAUAUAUAUAUGUAUAUUAUUUUACUCGCACACAAUAAGAUAAUGUUCAAAAAAAUAGUUUUUAAUUGCACUGUUUGCAACAUAUGUAUGAAAAGAUUUAUCAUAUUUGUUUUUUACAUAAGAGGCAUGCCGAAAUAUUGUGCCUUCACUAUCGAAAUUGUCAUUCUCAAACUUCUUAAGAAUAGCAUCAAAAAUGGCCUUAAAAAUUGCGUGAUAAUUUUUCAUCUUUCAAUGAGAAAUUAUCGUUUAUUACCUACUCAAAUUAUAUGUUUUGUUGUCCUCGUAUAACGUCUCCAAUUAGUCAUACGAAUAAAAUAAAAUAAAAGUAGCUAAAAGUCGAGAAUUCGCGUAACGAAGGGACCUGCAGUGAUAUAUUUUUUUUGCAUAUUAAACACAAAUUAUAUUUUUUAAAAUACGCGUACAUAUAUCUAUAUUAAAUGAAAGGAUUUUACGCAAUAUCGACGUUAUAUGCUAUAUAAUAUUUUACUAUAGAAGCCGUAUUAACAGAGAAAAUAUUUAAUUUAAAGACAAAAUGCAAUUAUAGGGAAAAAGAAAAUUAUUGCGAUAUAGAUAGUACGAAAAUCUAUAUAUACCAUACAAAAAUUAUAUUCAAUGUCAAGUACGAAAGUAAUAUUUUUGUAGAGCAUUUAGUAUCCAAAGAAUAAAAAAUUAAAGUAUAGAUACGUCGAUAAAAAAGAACCUUAUAUUAUAACUGAAUUAUACAAAAGUGUAUUAAAAUUUUCUAAUUAAAGUUAGUUUAAACUA